UCACGGUCCGAGAACUGGAGCACCGCACGGUCCACCGCCCUUCCUCGCUUAUUGUCUGCAACUGGGGAAUAUGUGGUCCGUCACAUCGGAGAACGAGCUGGGUACAUUUCGAUUGUGCUGUACACGCGGUUUCGCCAUCUGCUAUAUAUACUAACUACCCUGCUCUGCACAUUUCAAUCUGGUGUGAUCAACAUUUGGACAUUGAAGACAUUUAUCUACUUGGAGGAGCCAAAGAGAACCCACAGCAUUGUUUCGCUUAAACUCCCUCAAUUUGCGCCGUUGCGGCAACGAGGGUGGUGUUCCUGAGUGAGAGAGAGAGAGAGAUACUGAUCUGUUUGGAGGUCUACUACACCCACCACUGUUUCAGAAUGACGAUGCGGAUGGACGAGUUCUUUUACGGAGGAAACGAUCCACAUUGGCAGCAAAUUAGAGAUCGCCAGCGUCCUUACAAUUACACGGCCGAUGAUUCCCGGACAUCGUGGGGAGAGCUCCCGAUAGUCGAAUUUAGGGUGCCGAUGUGUUGCACGAAAUGUGUGGAGAAAGUCCGUGAGGAGCUCUCAGAACUGGAAGGUGUCUACGAGGUUUUCGUCGACCAGUUCACUGAAAGGGUGACAGUGACGGGCUACGUCGACCCACACGCCGCACUGAAGAAGAUGAAGCGCAUCAAGAAGAAAUCUGAGUAUUGGAACGAAACCCCAGUAACCAAAACUUGGAGUCACGAGCGGAGAAAAACGAGCCACAAGAAGCACUCCCCGCGACAUGAAACGGUGUACCGAUCCUCGUCGAGCAAGUUAUCCUACAAUAAGAAGCCAUCGCGCGUCAGCGCCCACCCUGGGGUCUCAUUCAGCAGCACUUACAACGACGAGCCAUAUCGCGCCUCAUACCGAACCGGGUACGACUCAUACGACGACGAGUUAUCGCAACGCAUCCCUCGCUCUCUUCGCGACAUGCCAAUGUACCGAAAAGCUUCUGCGGAAUGGCCGAUGCAAACUUCCAGAGCUCGCGGCCUGAUCUCGCACAGAAACCCUUACUACGACGAGCCGUUUCGCACUGUAGGCAGCGACCGAGGACUCGCGUACCAAAACGGGUACGAUUCCUACGACGAUGAGCCAUCGCGACGGGGUUCUAGCUCGUGGGGAUUACCUCACAGGAAUCGAAGCUACCUUGCCGAAAACGAUGAGGCGUUCAACUAUCGACGUCCUUCAAGCCCUUCCGUCCGCAAUUACCCUCGCAGCCAUUCAUCGCGCUACGAGAGCGUGGCGCCGCUGGCGCAAACCUAUUACUCCGAAGACUACCCUCAGUAUCUCUACUACUGAAUCGAUAGCGUCGCACAUCUCCCCUGCGGCGCAUCAAUUUUGGCCUACUGUGGCAUAGUUUAGCGACCAUUUUGCGAAGAUUGCUAAGGCUUCAAACCACCCUAAAAAACCAAUAGACAACCACAACCACAACAGCAGCAACAUUCCGUGAGUUUUAUAUGUGUAGUGAGUGCUCUAGAUCGGCCUAUCUCCACAUUGGAGAUGAUUACUCGUUCAAAACGAUGGUGAUUGAGUGUAUAGAGGGGAUAAUUGUUUAUACGAUUCACAGUUUUUAGAGAGCGAGAGAGAUAAAUAGAUAGAUUGAUUUCCAUCGUCUGAUCAGAGAUUUCAGCAGACGCUUACACUUUGGUAAUCCUUCCACAUUGUGAUCGAUGUGCACCCAUAAAGCACACAGCUCAAUGAGAUAAAUAAACGGCGAAUUCCACUGUCAAGUUCUUUCCCCACA